AUGUUGCGUCUCGAUGUGGAUGUUUCAUCAAAAUAUGCAAAUCGAUCCUAUCGUCGUUUGAAAUAUAUAAUUAGUAUUCUUUCAAUUUUAGUAGGCUUAUUAUGUCUUACUGGUUUUAUAUGGACAUCAAUUGACGGUAAUAUUAAUUCGAAAUUAAUAGAUGAAUGUAAAAAUGAUACACAAACAACAAUACUUUGUUUUAUACGUUUGAUUACUACGAAUGCUCUUCGAACAGAAUGGGAUAAAUAUAUAAUGGUAACACUUCUAUUUACUUAUGCAAGUGUUUUUUUACAUAUUAUUGUUGAAUCAACUCGAACAAAUGUUUCUGGUCUUCUUGGACAAAUGAUAAUUCAAACAAUAUUUAUUAUCGUUGGUAUUGGAGUUUGUUUUCCAAUAUUAUUUAUUCCAUCAUUUCUUCAUUUUUAUAAAUCAAAAAAUAAUUUAAAUAAAUCACCUGUACCAAUUGAUAUCGUAUGUAUUGGAAUUAUUUAUAUUAUUUGUGUUAUUAUAGUUCCAACAUAUUUACUAUAUUUUUUUUCAUCACAUGAAUUAAUUGCUUCGAUUAUGUCAAUUAUACUUCUUAUAUCUCCGUUGGGUUUUGCUCUUAUUUCACUACCAUUUCGAUUAUUAUCAGGAGUUACUCAACGUUGUUGGGUUAUUAAUAGUCAUCGAUUAAUUGUUCAUUGUCAAAUAACUCUAUUUAUAUUAUCAGCUCCACUUUUUUUCAUCACACUUGUCUCUCUUAUCAUGCAUGGAUCAUUUGAUUCAAUUAAACAAAGUUAUGUGACAGAAAAUACUAAUGAGAUUAAUCCCAUUACAUUUAUAUGGUCUAUUGAUUAUAUAUCAUUAUUUAUUAGUCUUAUUUUAUUUAUUAUUUCAAAUGAAUAUUUAUUUCAUGAUAAUAUUAAUCGUAAUCGAUCAUCAAAAAUCAAACAAAUUAUUGGUUAUAUUAGUUUUUCUAUUAUCUUUAUUAUAACACCAUGUUUAGCAUUUCCAUUAUAUAUUGCUUGGCAAGAAUAUCAUUAUCUUAUACCAACAUAA